AUGCAAACUAGAGGUCGCAACACCUUAGUUAUUGAACAACAUGAUGAAGCUUUGCGACAUUAUAUUGAGCAGCUAAGUGAUGAUCAAGAUAACUCUGUAGCCCAACCUUUUCUUGAGCAAUUGGUAGAUAAUCAGAACAACUCUGUAGACCAAGCACAUGAUGGUGAAUCUAAUGAGUUGAAUAGUUCUGUUGGUGGCACUGCGGUUCAACCUAAUGAUGAAUCAGGUAACUUAGCGACAAGAAAGCCUCGUGGUCCUACUUUACUAAAAGAUGUUUGGAAACUUCCUCCCGGAAAGACAAUUGAUGUGCCGUUUAAUAGUCGUAACCAAUCUAUUGGGAAAGAGGGGCGAAAGCUUGCUAGCUUUCUAGGAAUUGUUGCAAGAACUCCAGAAUUAACACCUCUAAAUGUAGAUGAUUGGAGAAACUUUGACAACGAGCAAAAGAAGAAAUUGGUGGAUUUUGUAAGGAAGAAGUUCUCUUUUCCAAAACGUGGAGAAGCGUUUAUCUUAAAGUCACUAGGAAAGAAAUGGAAAGACUACAAGUGUGAAAUUAAAGACCAAAUCGCAUACCGACAAUGGAGUGGUCUAGUCUCUUAUUGGCUUUCUGAUAAAGCAAAGGCUGAAAAUGGAAUAGAGCCUACACGAGCAGAAAUUUUCUUAUUAACUCAUAAAAAAUGUGUGGAUGGUAGACCACUGGAUGAUGAUUCUGCCAAGGCAAUCGACAUGAUAAAUGAAAGGAUGACCAAUAAUGAAAGAUCUACCGACCAACCUCCUCAAAAUGUUGCUUUGGAAGGUGAUGUGUAUUCUCAAGUGUUGGGAAAUGAGAAAAGUGGGUAUGUUCGUGGUUUAGGACUUGGUCCAACUCCUUCAGUUCUAUGGGGUAGUAAAUCUUCAGUAGAAAAUAUUGUUGUAGAAGAUUCAUCUAAUGAGGUUGUACAAGGUUAG